AGGAGAUAAAAAGCUAACAAAUUAAAUAAAAAAAAUAAAAUAAUUAUUAAUUAAGGUUAUGUGAGUAUUUAUAGAAAGUUAAAUGACCCAAAAAUAACUUUUUUGAUUAUUAUAAUAAAUAAACAAAUAUAUUAUUUGAAAUUCCUCCGACUGUUUUUUUUAUUAAAAAAAAACUCAAAAAUGGGGCAAACUUUAAGCGAGCCAGUGACAACAAAACAAUCAGCAUGUUGCCGGGAUGAAAAUUACCUGGUGGGCAGUUCAAGCAUGCAAGGAUGGAGGGUCAAGAUGGAGGAUUGCCAUGUUCAUAUUCUGUCGCUUCCUGAAGACCCUGGGACUGCUUUCUUUGCCGUCUACGACGGCCAUGGUGGAGCGACAAUGUCCCAGCAUGCCGGGAAACAUUUACAUGAUUACAUUGUGAAGACUCCGGAGUACAAACAAGGAAAAAUAGUAGAAGCUAUGGAACAAGGAUUUUUGCAACUGGAUGAAGCUAUGCAAGCAGACACAGUUUUAAGAGCCGAACGUGCUGGGACUACAGUUAUUGCAAUUCUUAUUAAGGAUAAUGUACUUUAUAGUGCAAACGCUGGAGAUAGCAGAGCAAUAGCCUCCGUAAACGGCUACCUAGUUGAGCUGAGCCGUGACCACAAACCCACAUUGGAGGACGAGCGGAAGAGAAUCGAAGCCGCGGGUGGUUGGGUGGAAUUCAACCGCGUAAAUGGUCACCUCGCGCUUUCUCGCGCUCUGGGUGACUUUAAAUUCAAAUGGAACAAUACUAAGACUGCCGAAGAACAAAUAGUUACAGCAUUUCCUGAAGUACAAAAAUUUGAAAUAAAUAAAGAUUGGGAAUUUAUUGUCCUUGCCUGUGACGGAAUUUGGGACGUAAUGACCAGUCACGAGGUAGUAGACUUUAUCAGGAACUAUAUAGCGACUCAAUAUAGCGUUGACGAGGACUCGCAUCCUCGGAGUCGCGAUUCUAGUAUCGAAGACUAUUCGGAAGAUUCGGACAAAGGAGGGAAGAAAAAUUUGGAAAAAGCUACUGUAGACCCGGAGUUAAUUUGCGAGGAGCUGUUGAACCAUUGUUUGGCUCCUGACGCACUCAUGGGAACUGGCUGCGAUAAUAUGACGGCUAUUGUCGUCUGUUUGCUCCAUGGAAAGCCUGUUUCUGAUUUGAUACUUCGCUGUCAGAGGAAAAGCCAUGACACGGAAAAUUUAUUACAUAUCAAUAGUGAACAAGAAGCAAUAAACAAUAAAGAUGCAGAUUAAUUAAUUAAUUCUAAGUAUAAUGAAUGUUAAUUAGUAUUUAUUUGUGUUAUUAUUUAGUUUGGUGGUGCUUGAGAAGAAAAACUGAACUUUAUUUAUUUACUUUGUAAAAUCAAAAUUAAUGUAUUAAUCAUGUUGAUUUUUUUGUAAAUAAAC